AUGGCGUAUCCUGGAUCUUAUGGCACUCAUGGCUAUGGCCAGCCACCUCAGCAGCAGCAACAACAGCAAUACGGCAACUAUCCCCCACCACCUCAACAACAAUAUGGUAACUAUCCUCCUCCUCCUCAGCAGUAUGGCAACUAUCCUCCUCCUUCUCCUCAGCAGUAUGGUAACUAUCCUCCUCCUUCUCCUCAGCAAUAUGGAAACUAUCCUCCUCCAGCUCAACAGCAGUACGGUAACUAUCCCCCUCCUCCUACUCAGCAACAAGGACAAUAUCCUUCUCCUUCUCCACAAUCAAAUUACGGUAAUUAUCCCCCUCCUCCUAGUCAUAGUCAAGACCGUAAUCAAGGAGGCCACAUUCAACCCCCACCUUACCAAGGACCUGAUCCCGUAUUCAUGCCUAAUGACCCGAAUUUGAGUCAAGCUAAUUAUCCUCAGCCCCCUCAUUCAACUCAUAAUGAAGGAGUUCCUUAUGGACAACAGCAAGGAGGUCCUGCAGCAGACCAAUUUGUGAUGCAUGUAAACCCUACUAUGCAAAACCAACCACCACCCAAUUUUAAGCUCUCGACUUGUCAAGGCAGAAAGAGAGCUUUGUUGAUUGGUAUCAACUAUUUUGGGUCUCAAAAUGAACUGAAUGGUUGUAUAAACGAUGUUAGAAAUAUGAAGCAAUUCUUAACAGAAGGUCAUGGAUUUAGAGAGGAUGAUAUGGUCAUUUUGACAGAUGACCAAAGUGAUCCCAAGUUUAUUCCAACCAAGCAAAACAUUUUGAGUGCUAUGCAAUGGCUUGUGAAUGGCGCAAGAGAGAAUGAUUCGUUCUUUUUCCAUUUCAGUGGUCAUGGUGGUAGAGUAAAGGAUACAAAUGGUGAUGAAGAUGAUGGCUAUGAUGAAACUAUUUACCCAGUAGAUCAUGAACAAUAUCAAGGCGAAUCAGGCCAAAUUGUAGAUGAUGAAAUGCAUGAAAUUAUGGUGCGUUCAUUGCCUCGAGGAGUACGUUUGACUUGUAUUUUCGAUUCAUGUCAUUCAGGUACUGCACUUGAUCUACCCUAUGUAUAUUCUACGCAAGGUAAUAUCAAGGAAGGCAGUAUCUUUAAAGACGCCGGUUCUGGUCUGUUAAAUGCAGGACUUGCUUAUGCUACUGGUAACAAAUCUGGUGCCUUGUCUUCUUUGAUUGGUCUUGGAAAGAACCUGAUGAGCAAGAAGAAUGUAGAUGAGCGCAUCAAAAAGUUUAAGAGUUCUGAAGCUGACGUAAUCAUGUUUUCUGGUUGUAAAGAUAACCAAACAUCUGCUGAUGCUAUGGAAAAUGGUGCCUCUACUGGUGCCAUGUCUUAUGCAUUUACGACUGUUAUGCGUCAAAACGGACAGCUCACUUACCUUCAAUUACUCAAUGGUGUUCGUGAUAUUUUGAAGUCAAAAUAUUCCCAACGUCCUCAAUUAUCUUCUUCUCAUCCAAUUGAUAUCAACCUCUUGUUUGUUGUAUAA